AUUUAAUUCACUACAUCUAUAUCAACGGUAGUUUAACAAUGAAAAACAUUGGUAUAUUACAGUUACUAGCAUUAAUACAAUUGCCAUACGCCAGAGGAACGCAAUAUCUACCAGCUACGAAAUGCUCGCUCAGCGAUUCUGACUGUUUGACAGCGCAAGCACAAAAAAUUUUAGAAAUAUUCGUUGAUGGCAUUCCCGAAAUUGGCAUUCAAAAACUAGAUGAAUUACCUGUGGGCGACGUACAAAAUGUUGCUGAUAAUUUUCUUUUUAAUUGGACCGAUGUGAGAGUUGGUGGAUUGAGAAAUGCAGUUAUUGAUAAUGUCAAGAUAAGUAUGGAAUUAAAAACUAUACGAGUAUUGUUUCAUUCAACUUUGAAUAUGCGAUUUAAUUAUGUUAUGGAUGGUUUGCUACUAUCUAUAUUUCCUGUUUUUGGCAAUGGAAAGGGAGAAUUAAUACUAAAUAAAAUGCAAAUGGAAUUAUUAUUUGUGUUUGACAUUGUAAAAGAUAAUAAUGGUAAGGACAUAAUGGAUUUGAAGAAAUAUUAUUACGGAUAUGAUACACUCAACGGUAUUCAAGGUCGCUUAGACAAUUUAUACAACGGAGAUAAGAAAAAGAGUGAAGUCUUUCAUAAAAUAGCAAAUGAAAGUUGGAGAGUGAUGUCAGCUAACUUUGGCAAAUCUUUUCAAGGAAAAAUCACCAGCCUACUCUUUGAAGCAGUAAAACUCUACAUGCGUUCACGACCUUUAGAAGAGUUGGCUUUGUAUUAAUUAAACGUACAGUAAAAGAAUAACAGUUUGAAAAAGAAAUAACCAGAGUAAUUCUCUAGGUACGAGCCAGCUUAGUCUCGACCUAUAAGCCAGCGUGUAUAAACUUUAUAAGAAAAAUGAUAUAUUUUGGA